GUCUCUCCUCUACCCCCCACCCUCCUGUCCUCUUGUUGCGGCGACCCCUCCCGGACUAGCUGGCUUGUGUGUUCAGUACAAAUGUGUGUGAGGCCUUUUCCAAGUAACUGCACAGGAGAAGAGGAGCUUGGGGAGAGCAGGCUUCCCUCCUCUCAGUGGGAGGAUCGACACAUGGCUACUACUAAAUAAAGAGGAGAAGAAGAAGAAGAAGAAGAAGAAGAAGAAGAAGAAGAAGAAGAAGAAGAAGAAGAGAGAUCUGGAGAUGCACUCGGUAUUCCAGUGAACUUCCUCAGUUGCCUUAAAGAAGUAAUCUUGCGACCGGUGGAUCAAACCUGAAGUUGGAGUUUUAAACUAGGCUAAACCUGAGGAAGAUUUAUUUGAGUUAAGAAGUGAAAACAGUCAGACUGGUUGAGUGUGUUGACUUCCUGUCAGGUCAACGAGUAUAGAGGACAUGGAUUCCACCUGCAGCCCCCAACGGUAACUGAGCUGAGAGGAUUGUGUGGAAGCCUCGUCGGUGGAGUUUACACAUGCAGUGUAUGUCUGCUUUUCUUGCAGUGGACUAAGGGCAGGUAGACUGACCGGCACACACGCACACACACACGUUGAGUGUAAGAUGGCGGAAGCAGCAGAGGACGGAGACAAGAUGACCAGCCAGCAGGCUCUGUGUGACCCAGAUCAGGGGAGCAUAAAACGCCCCGGCAUCUCCACUCUCAAAUUGUUUAUCAUGGCGCUGUCCUUCGCCUGCUUCUCAAAGGCUCUGGCAGGAACCUACAUGAAGAGCUCCAUCACUCAGAUUGAGAGGCGAUUCGACCUCUCCAGCACGCACGUCGGACUCAUUGAUGGCAGCUUUGAGAUGGGCAACUUGUUGUUUCUUGCUGUGGUCAGCCAUUUCGGGGCCAAGCUACAUCGGCCCAGACUCAUUGCUGUGGGCUGUUUCCUCAUGGCGGUCGGGUCCUUCCUCACCGGCCUGACGCAUUUCUUCAUGGGACGCUACAAGUACAACACGAUCAUUCAAGUUUUCCAGAAUGAAAGCAUGAACAUCGCCGCCUGUCGAAAAACAGAAGUACUGGAAAUUCAGAUCGAGCCCUCUGUGGAAGACAAUGCAACAUGUGAGAGGGAGUCCGGUUCCAACAUGUGGAUCUAUGUUUUCCUGGGCAACGCUCUGCGAGGGAUCGGAGAAACCCCGGUCACGCCUCUGGGCAUUUCUUACAUCGACGACUUUGCGAGAGCGGAAAAUUCACCCUUCUACAUCGCAUGUCUCCAGACUAUCACUCUCCUGGGCCCCAUGUUUGGUUUCCUCCUGGGCUCCUAUUGUGCCAAACUAUAUGUUGACAUUGGAUAUGUUGAUAUUGAAAGUGUGAGCAUCACUCCGAAAGAUGCCCGCUGGGUGGGCGCCUGGUGGAUGGGCUUCAUGGUGUCCUCCGUCCUCCUCCUCCUCUCCAGCAUUCCCUUCUGGUUCCUGCCCCGCUCGCUGCCAAAUCAGGAGGAAGUUAAGGGCAAACUGACUCCUGGCUGUGACACCCUCGAUGGGGCGGAGGACGUUCCCAACAACAACAAUCACAACCUCAAGCUGACUGACAUCUCUAAAGGUUUUGUUCCCUCACUGAAGCGCCUGUUGGGAACUCCUUCCUACUUCCUGCUCCUUUGUGGGAGCAUCCUGAAGUUCAACUCUUUCAUUGGCCUGUUCACCUUUAAAGCCAAAUACAUGGAACAACAGUUUGGACAGUCCGCAUCCAGAGCGAACUUCCUCAUCGGUAUGUUGAACCUGCCAGCGGUGGCGGUGGGCAUCUUCCUGGGAGGGCUGCUGAUGAAGAGGUAUAAGCUGAGCUUAGUGUCAGGAGCUCAGCUCUCUUUUGCCACGUCCUUUAUGGCGUACCUCCUUCUGCUGCUGCAGUUUGGAACCAAGUGUGAUAACAUCCCCAUGGCCGGGCUCACCGUCUCAUACAACGGGACGCAGAGUGCAUCAUCCGACAGCGAUAUGCUCUUCUCAGAGUGUAACAGAGACUGCUCGUGUUCAGCGGAGGAGUGGGACCCCGUGUGCUCCGACAGCGGCAUCACCUACAUCUCUCCGUGUAUGGCUGGCUGCUUCAGCUCCAGUGGAUAUGGCAAGAACACGGUCUUCAACAACUGCAGCUGUGUGUCCGCCUCCCUCCCAGCAGGCAGCAGCCGGUCCGUGAGGCUGGGCCAGUGUCCUCACGCCGCAGACUGCGGCCGCAGUUUCACCGCCUACAUGGCUGUGUCUGUUCUCAGCUCCUUCAUCAACUCUCUGGGAGCUACACCUGGCUACAUGGUCAUCAUACGAUGCAUCUCACCAGAUCUCAAAUCCCUUGCGCUAGGUAUCCAGGCCUUAGUAACUCGGACUCUUGGUGGACUUCCUGCACCCGUGUAUUUCGGAGCCCUGAUUGAUUCAACUUGCCUGAAGUGGUCAAUCAAGAAGUGCGGGGGAAUGGGGGCAUGUCGCAUUUAUGACUCUAAUAUGUACAGGAUCAUCUUCCUGGGUCUGAUCACUAGUCUCAGUGGAUCCUCGUAUUUCUUCAUCAUUGCCGUCAUCGUCCUCCUCAGACGACAGUUUCGUGAGCCGCAGAGAGAGACACAAACGCAGAAUAGCAAAGCUUCAGAAGGAAUUGACCUUCGAACCGCAUCAAAACCCACCGAGGACGAUCCCGGCAACCCUAAACCUCCCAAAGUUUGUAUACGGUUCGCAACAGAACUGGAGGAGGGAGGGGAGGUUCACAGAAUAGUGCAGCUCUCACAGAUUGGCCGACUCAGUUCCUCAAAUAUCACCGGGGAGACUCAACAGCUCAAAUCCCUGACGGAGACCGCUGUAGAGUUCACUCCUCCAAGUGAGGAAGCAAAGACGGAGGAGAAAGAGGGAAAAGGCAAGGUUUGCGAGGAGACGGACACACAGGUGGAAAAAGAGGACGAUCUCACAGAUGCUAACGUGGGAGAGACAGAAACAACACAAAUUGACGGCAUACACAACUAAGAUGUCCACCAAUGUGUUCUCAAACAAGACCUCGUGUGCACAUCUGCACAUAUUGACUUGUGUGCAGAUGAUAUGCAUAUCGUCCUUGCAAGGCGAGGUUGAAAAUCGAUCAAUGGCAUAAAGAUUUGGGCCAAAAUUAAUGUAAAUGAAUAAAUCCCGAGAUUUGUGAUAUUAUUGUCAAUAACACACAAAGUCAUACUGUGGACACAAACAAUGUUUAAAUUAUGUUUAUUCCUCCUUGGUGAUGUGCUAAAAGUGCAAACUGAUGUCAUUGUUAAUUAAACUUGCAGUAAUUGAUUUUUUUGGGCCACUAGGGGGCAACGGAACAAGCUGUAAAUAAAAUACUGACAUACCUGAACGGUA